GUCAACUACUAUGCAGAUAUCAUCUAUACCUCAGCUGGUGUGGACCCCACCCAGUCCCAGUACGUGACAGUGGGCUCUGGUGUGAUCAAUUUGGUGAUGACUGUCGUCUCGGCAGUCGCCGUGGAGCGUCUGGGGCGGCGGAUUCUCCUGCUGUCUGGCUAUGGCAUCUGUGGCUCUGCCUGUGUGGUGCUGACUGUGGCACUCCUCCUUCAGAGCACGGUCCCUGAGAUGUCUUACCUCGGCAUCAUCUGUGUCUUUGCCUACAUCGUGGGACAUUCCAUAGGGCCCAGUCCUGUCCCCUCAGUGGUGAGGACAGAGAUGGUCCUGCAGUCCUCUCGGACAGCUGCGUUCACAGUAGAUGGGGCUGUGCACUGGCUCUUCAACUUUAUCGUGGGCCUGGCAUUCCCAUCCAUGCAGGUGGCCAUCGGGGCCUACAGUUUUCUUAUCUUCGCUGCACUCUGCCUUCUCACUGCUGCUUACAUCUACGUGGUAAUUCCUGAGACCAAGGGCAAGACAUUUGUGGAGAUAAACUGUGCUUUUGCCAAGAGAAAUGGAGUGGUGUUUCCAGAAGGGAAAGAAGUGACAACGGCCGAGCCUCACACACCCCCUCUGCCUGCCAAGCAGACAACCUUUUAA